GAGAGCAUAGCCGAGCCUCCCUCCCAGAGGGUCUGGCCUGGGGAGAGGCUAGCCGUCCGCGGAGAGCCGCAUAUUUUACUCCCCAGUGCCACUGGGUAUCCAUAUUCCGCGCGGGGUUAUUUUGCUCUCCGAGCUGGCUGCUUGGAGGGACACGCCGCGCCGCACGAGCCAUGGAACUCCACUUGCUCCUCUCCAGCUGUGGCUCGCCCAGCCACGCACGGAUCGCCCUUUCCUGUUAGUAUCCUACCGACAAUGCAACAGCCUUGAUUCAACUCUGUAUUAUGACAGAGAACAGCAAUAAGAGUAUGCAAUUUUCUACUGAAGUGAAAAAUUCCUUCAAGAGCCCAUGAUUUUUUCCACUACUCCUUUUACAUAUCAACUACUUGAUAGACAUGGCUCACCACGCCAGACCUUCCAGAUUAGUCAAAAAGGAAGCGUUAGGCAAAAGGAAAACUAGUGAAGGCAAAAAGAAAUCCAGCCAAGUGAAAAAGAAAGCCAAGAAGAAUUCCAAAAAGUCUGAGAGUUCUGGAAAAUGCAAAACAUCAAUCCAAGAAAAAAAUGAUGUAAAGAAAAAGCAACAAGAAAAGAAACCACCUUUGAGCUCAUCAGUUAGAUUUCUCAGGAGUAGUGUAACUAGAGCUUUAUCUGGAACAUCUUGGGUAAAUAUGGAGAAAACAGAUAAUAUUCUCCUUCAUAACCAGGAUUCUUUAAACGUCAAUGGCUUUACAAUGUCUCUUCGUAGCAGAUCAUUCUCCCAUAGACUGUCCCAAACUGCAGUAAUUACAAAAUCCAAGAAAGUUACAGUACAGAAAAGAUUAGAAAAAACCCUUACUAUAUUGGACGAAAAAAAAGUUGAAGCUGAUGAAAGGGUUUUGAAACAAGAUUCAGCACAAAAUGAAUUAACUCCUCUCAACAUUCUGUGUGAUACAGACAUUGAGCUCUCCUCCAUUAAAUGUGAUAGUCAAGACAAAAAGAUAGGGAGACCUGAAUCAAGUGUCUCCACUUCAAAGAGUCUACCAAGCAUUUACAAUCCAGAAGUAUUAGAGGAGGAGUAUGAGUGUGAAGAGCCGCCCUGUGGGUGGACAUCAAGUAAGAUCAAUACAGGCAGCUCAGAUGAAAGUUUUGCUCAGAAUUCUGAGCUUGUUCCCACACCUUUUCAUUCUGACUCUAUAAUCACCUCUGAAAUAAAUACAAAAGACCAUUUAGAAGAUUCAGGCUCAUUUGCAGAAUCCCAUGUAAAGAUGAACUUAGAUUUGAAGCCUGUUAAUAAAGAACCCACUUCAAAUUCUGCUUCUUUAGUUACCACUGAAUCAAAUUCUAUCAUAUAUUUAGAAGAUUUGGGCUCGUUUGUUGGAUCCCAUAUAAAAACCAACUUGGAUUUGGUGCCUGUUAAUAAAGAACCUGACUCAAAUUCUGACUUGUGUUGUAAAAGAGAUGAUUCAGAAUCUGACACAAAAAAUUUGGUCACAGUUUGUGAACCAGUUAAUCUUGCAGUGCAGCAGCCUGUUAAUUACAUUGGUAAAGAAACUUUAGUUCUGGACUCAGGUUAUGUCCCUAUUUCAUCAUCAAACACAGAAAAAAGCACAGAAGCCUUAAUCUCUACAACAACUGCGGUCUUCAAAGAAAAUACUGGACAUUCCUCUGAAGGCUCUAUUUCAGGGUUGUCCUCAAACACAGGAAGUUCCACUCUUACCUCUGACAGAGAGAUAAAUGUGCAUUCACCAACUGAUUCAAAACUGCGGUAUAAGGAUUCUUCAUCACAAUCAGGAAGUGUUGGAAUAAACUUGAACUCAGUUCAGGACAACAGGAGCAAUAGCAUUGGUUCCGCUGAAGCUUCGGAACCAUCCUCUUUUACAAACCCAGUUUACAGUUACCCUCUCUCAUAUUCAUCUUUGCUCCCUAUGUUAGAAAAAAAGAAACGAAGACGGUGUGGGGUAUGUGAACCUUGUCUGCGGAAAACUAAUUGUGAGGAAUGCAGCUGUUGCAGGAAACGCAAAACUAGUCACCGGAUAUGUAAAAAGAGAAAAUGUGAAGAACUGAAAAAGCCGCCACCGCCAAUAAUGCUACCUUUUGAGGUGCUAACUGAAAACAAAAGGCCUCAGAGGAGAAAGCAAAGAGUUUUAAAGGCAGAUUUAGAAAACAAACCAGUAAAUGGCCUCAGACCAGAACUCAUGGAAUGCAGUAUAUGCGGUCAUGGUGAAAAAUACAGGGUGAAAACAAAUCAAACAGUACCCUUUGAAAAUGUACAAUCUAAUGAAAAAGAAAGUAUGACAGGCUUAGAAGCAGAGAAGUGGACAGAUAAUGAAAAACCAUCAUUUAGCGUCUGUGUCAAUGGAGAUAUCCAUGGAACUGUGACAGAUAAUGAACACCUGAAAAAUUCUGAAGAAGAAAGAGCAGUCUCUCCCAGUGAGUUAGUUGAGCCAAAAAAGUUGUUUGCACAAACCAUUAGAAAUGGCAUUAAGAACAUACAUUAUCCACCAUCAGAAUCAGAUGUGUCACAGACAAAAGUAAUUGUAGAAGAAAGGGCAGAUUUGACAAACAACUGCAGAGAAAACAACUCCCCUUCACAUCAAACAAAUACUGCUAAUCUGAAUAAUGUUGUAAGCCCUUUGACAACUGGUGUUUGCUGUGCUCAUCCAGAAAAACAAGAAAAUGUUUUCCUGAGGCAGAAGUCAAAUUGUACCUGCAAGACCUUUCAAAGAUCUGACAAUUCAGUUCUGCAAACUGAUUCUAUUGUGAAUACACAGGAAAGAUCAUGUUAUACACCUGUGCCUGAAAAGGAAGUCCAUGUUGAAAAAGAUGCUGUUAAAAUACCAAACAAAGAGACACAACUUGAAAACUCCUCACUUCAGCCAACCUUUUUGUCCCUGAUUAAAAACAGAAAUUUAACCGUAGAGCAGGUUGUAGCUAUUGAAGCAUUAACAAAAUUAUCAGAAGCCCCAUUAGAAGCAUCUGCACCAGAUAAAACAAAAAAUAUUGAACAUGCAGAACAAACAACUUCCCAUUUACUCCAUAAUUACAAAAGGGACAUUUCCUGCUCUUUGACUUCUUCUACAUUAAAAGAAAUCAAAGAGACUUACUUACAGAAUGAACAACAUCUCUUGAGUCGCUAUGCUCGUUCACAGAAGCAGCUCCUUAAUAAGGCAGUGUUGUACAAUGGCCAAAGUACUGUUUCUGAACCACAUGAUAAAUCUGUUAAUACUACCGGUGGAUCAUAUAGAUCACAUGUAUCCCCAAGAGAUACCAAAUCUUUGUCUGUUUCAGUACCUAAUGCAAGGUCAUGUUCAGGUCAUGCUACCAAGAAAAACUCUCUGUAUGAUAAAGUUACCAUUGCUACAUGUUUCAACAAUUCAUGUAAUGUCCAUCAAACAAGUAGCAAAUUGGAGAUUCUGAGCCAGUUUGAGAAAAACAAAGCUUAUAAUGAUCUGAACUUGAAAAGUAAUUUUGCAGUGAAGGAAGGAGGAAUUCACAGCCAGGAUGAAGAAGAUGUAGCUACACAGUUAACUCAACUUGCAGCAAUAAUUGAAUCAAAUCAGACAAGUCCAGAGCAGAAGAAUGAUGUAAAGACAUCACUUCUCAGUCUAAUAUCACAUGAGAUUCAGCCAAAACAUAACCAGGACCAGUGCCUACUGAAGAAAAAACAAUCUGUGUUUAUAAGGCACAAUUAUAGCUCAUUGUUAGUAAAGCAAAAACAGCCAACACAUAAAAAAGGAAAAACUGUACCAUGGAAACAAAGACACAAAAAGAAGCCUCAAGUACCGGACUAUCAAGAAAAUAAUCAAAAACAGCAAGAGCAUUUGGCUUACGAGCAUAAUGAAUUGCAGGACAUUUGGAUAUCAUCAAAACCACUUGGUCGUACCAUGCCACGGGAUUUGAAAAUAGCUGCAUCAAAAAAAAAAACUCCCAGAACCAAAGUACAGAAGGAACUGAAUCAAAGUACUUUAUCAUCACAACAAAAAACUAGAUUAUUUCUUCCACAGACUCAGAUAAAAAUCCAUAGACAUCUACCUGAGGUACCAUGGGAGAAAACAAAAGACAGGCUGUUUGGCUGUGAAGUAGUAACUGAGCACAUCAAAACUGUAGGCGCCAGUGACACACUAGGUAUUGAUCCACUGAAAAGUGACAUUGUUGUUACUUCUUCACAAUACAAUGGCCUGCUCUCCAGUAAUCCUAUGGUUGCGUCACAACUUAAAAUUGAAUCGUGUUCAAACAGACCAAGUGAAAAUGUACAGAUGUUUACAGAAAAAUAUAAUAAUUCUCAGGUACAACAAACAAUGAAUGUCAUUCAGACAUAUCCCUUGCCUCAAACACCUAAUCAGUCUAACCAGAGAGCUCAUGAGAUAUCUGAUCAAGACCAAGCAAAUUUUCAGCAGAAUGCUGCAGAGCAACAAUUGGAUCAAAAGUUGCAAACACUUCCAGUUACCUGUUGUGAGACCCAUUUACCACACACAAUAGAAACUCUCAGGAAUAUAGAUUGUGCAGGUGAAAUUACAGUUCUGACAUCAACAAGUUUGGGUAUUGAAAACCCCCAGAGUAUAGGUGACUUGGGAUGUUCUCCGGCAAAGAAUACACUCAGCAGUUUUCUUGAAUCUCCUAUGAAGUUCCUAGACACUCCUACAAAAAAUCUGAUCGAUACACCUACCAAAAAAGGACAGUCUGAAUUUCCAAUCUGUGACUGUGUUGAGCAAAUUAUAGAGAAAGAUGAAGGUCCAUAUUAUACACACCUUGGGACAGGACCAAGUGUUGCUGCUGUCAGGGAAAUAAUGGAAAACAGGUAUGGAGCAAAAGGAAGUGCUGUAAGAAUAGAGGUAGUGGUUUAUACAGGCAAGGAAGGAAAAAGCUCUCAGGGGUGUCCGAUUGCCAAAUGGGUGAUACGAAGAAGUAGUGAUGAGGAAAAGUUGCUGUGUUUGGUACGUCAGCGUGCAGGACAUCACUGCCAAACUGCCGUCAUAGUGAUUCUGAUUUUGGCCUGGGAAGGGAUUCCUCAUCUUCUGGCUGAUACAUUAUAUAAAGAACUGACACAGAGUCUCAGAAAAUAUGGUUGUCCCACAAGCCGUAGAUGUGCGUUAAACGAAGACCGCACUUGUGCAUGUCAAGGACUUGAUCCUGAAACUUGUGGAGCCUCAUUCUCAUUUGGCUGUUCAUGGAGUAUGUAUUUCAAUGGCUGUAAAUUUGCCAGAAGCAAAAACCCCAGGAAAUUUAGACUUCUCACAGAUGACCCUAAACAAGAAGAACAUCUUGAAAAUAAUUUGCAAACUUUAGCUACUGAUGUGGCUCCACUUUAUAAGAAACUUGCUCCUGAUGCUUUUCAGAAUCAGGUGGAAAAUGAACACAUGGGCCCAGACUGUCGGCUUGGAUCCAAGGAUGGUAGGCCUUUCUCUGGUGUUACAGCUUGUAUAGAUUUCUGUGCCCACGCCCAUAAGGACACACACAAUAUGCACAAUGGAAGCACUGUGGUCUGCACAUUAACAAAAGAAGAUAACCGUUCAGUGGGGGUGAUACCGAAUGAUGAACAGCUACAUGUGUUGCCUCUUUACAAAAUUUCACAGACAGAUGAAUUUGGAACCGAGGAAGGACUGGAAGCUAAGAUAAAAGCAGGAGCAAUACAGGUGCUUACUGCUUUUCCCAGAGAAGUACGGAUGUUAGCUGAGCCACUUAGAGCUACAAAGAAAAAGAAGCCAGAUACAAAGAAGACACAAGUUGAAAAGCAGACAUUAGCGGAUAAGAAAUAUUCAACACCAGCAAAGCUGAAAAAUGGAGCUCCUGAAAAUCUUGGUAAAACUUCACAGUAUUUAGGGAACAAAACAGAUGCUUUUCAACCUGGAAUAAAAAUGGAGCCUUCAGAUCAUCUUUAUGCCCUGAAACAUACUUCAAAUGCUACUAAAAGUUGCUCUGUAUUAAAACAAUAUACUGCUUCCUCCCCUUUUAAGGUGGAUAGUUUACAUCCUUAUUCAUCAUUAACACAUAAGCCUAGCAUAACAGCAGUGACUGAUAUUCAAGAAGAUUUUUCAGUUCCCUACGGGUAUUUUGAAUGCAGUAGUAAGCAACCUCAUGUCACACCUUAUAUUAAAUGUAAGAAUUUUGAUGUGUCAGUUAAAGAUUAUACUGGAAUUUUGCUGAACGAAAAGAGGAAUGGUGUGCCACCAAUUCUUCCAGAUAUUACUGUUUCAGACCACCCAACCCUUAAAGACCCCCUGCACAGUAUACUUGAACACCAACCAGACAACAAGCAAAAUUGUCAACUUCAAUUAGAAAAUGCUCCUUCGCAGUCGAUCAACCCUUGUGAUAUGUCAGUACCAUUAAACUCUCCAGCAAAGAAUGUAACCAGAAAUGAAGCUAACACAUCUCAUAAAUGUCCAGUGGAAAAAGGUGGCUCCCAUCAAGAACAGAUUUGUGAUUCCAAAGCUAGUGAUGAAAAGCAAAAAAAUGUGCUGGCAGAACCAAUGGAUUCUGAAGAAAAAGCUGAGGAAAUGUGGUCAGACAGUGAGCACAAUUUUUUGGACAAUGAUAUUGGUGGUGUUGCUGUGGCACCUUCUCAUGGUUCUAUCUUAAUUGAAUGUGCAAGACGUGAACUCCAUGCCACAACACCCAUUAAGAAACCAAACCGCAGUCAUCCCACACGAAUCUCUUUAGUCUUCUACCAACACAAAAAUUUAAAUGAGCCAAAACAUGGAUUAGCAAUGUGGGAAGCAAAGAUGGCUGAGAGAGCAAAAGAGAAGGAAAAAGAAGCAGAAAGAUUAGGGACUGAAAAUACUGAACUAAAAUCUAGCAGCAGGAAAACCAAGCAGAGCAGUGAAACCAGAGAGAUUUUCUAUGAAGAAAAUGAGUUCAAUCAAAUUCCAUCACGCAGAGCAUUAACAGUAACUCAAGAUAAUGUAAUAACAGUGUCUUCUUAUGCCCUCACUCGAGUUGCAGGGCCCUAUAACCAUUGGGCAUAGGUUUUAGUAGCUGAUGCCUUGCCUUGGUGCAGUGUUAUACAGUAUUUCUUUAAGGUGCUGUUGAAGAACAGAGUCAUGUGUAGUUUACUAUUUGUUCAUCUCAACCAUUUUAAGGCUGAGGUAAAAAUGGGGAUUUAUCUUAAACUGUGACUUUAUAUUUUAACAUUUGGUGGUGCUUGAGCACAUUUUAAGCAAAAAAAAAAUUGUAUAGUUUUAAUAUGUUAUAAAAGAAGAUUUUGGUUAGGUUAUUAACCUUGAUUGAAUCAUUCAGUUUAUUACCUUUAGGAAAUUAUAUUUUGGUGCUUUAAAUCAAAUCUGUUUACUACAGAACAAGUCAUUUAUAGGGAUUUUAACAGAUUCACAUUUUAUGAUGUAAAAUCAAGUUAUACAGUGAUUGCUCUACACAGCUCUUGGUGCUUAACCACAUCAAACAGUAAAAAUAAGCUGAAUUAUUACUUCAUGGUGCCAUUGUUCCAACAACUUCCAAUCAUUGCUAAAAAGUCCAAAUUAUAGAUAAACCUUUUAAGAGAACCAAUGAAAUUUUCUCUCUCUAGAGUUUUCAGAGUGUAAAAAAUGAAGUUAUCACUAGUGAUGGCUGGAAGUUGUUUGUAAGCUGUAAAUAUAUAUUUUAAAAGCACUUUCUAUUUUUAAAAUUAACUUGAACUAGUAUAGUAUAAGGAUCAUAUUGUCUAAGGUUUGUGCAUACUCUACAGAAGAAAUCAUUUUGUUCUUGCUGUGUAGAUUUCCAUACUGUUACAAUUUCAAUAUGUAUGCUAAUAACAUAUGUGAUUGUUUUUAGACUUUCCCUUUUUCCAUUGAAGAUUUUUAUGUUACAUAUAAACAGAAGAGUAAUAAAAUGCAGAAACUUUUAAUUAUUUACAAAUAUGGAAUGAAGAAACAUCUUGUCAAUGUGUGUUGCUAUUGGGAAUUAAAUAAUUAAUUUUUUAAGACAGAAAUUAUUAUGAUUUAUUUGAGCAAUAAGCACAUUAGUCUCACUCAUCUAAAGCAUUGCAAGUUAUGUGACACAACCAAAUGUUCCUAAUGCCUCAGGGGUAGGAUCGUUUUGGGAUUUAAAAAAAAAAAAAAGUACCCCCUAGAGUUGCCUUACUCUAUUCAGAAAAAAAGUUAUAAAAAUGACAAAUUAAUUUUUAAAAAAGUAAGAAAUUUUCAAUAUCUAAUGAUUAACAGCAAUUUUUAGUUGAUAAUUCCCUUCCAGAAUGUUCACUAGCUAAUAAGAAUGCUUUUUCAGUUCAGUUUUUUUAGAAGCAUGCUUUGUAUUAUUUUUGACAAUGAUUUAUACAUUUCAUAUGGAAACAGUUGUUAGUUCCAAACAUUUGAAUUUAUGUUCUGCAUUUCAGUUGGAAAAUUGACACAUCACCAAAUGAUUAUGGUUACAUUUUGCUAAAUGAGGAAAAGUAGACACUCCAUUCAGAAAUAAUGUAGCAUCCAUCCCACUCUUCUUUCUCUGAUUCUCCUCUCCUCCUCAUUUCUGUUUUAUUAUUUAUUUAUUGAAUCAUCUAAUCACCAGACAAAAAAGUUGUUUAAAUAAGGACUUGUCCUGCAAGCCUUACUCACCUUCUCAAUCCAAUUAAAAUUAAUGGGACUACCUAAGUAAGGCCUACUCUUGUGUAUAAUGGUUGUGGGAUGAGAUCCUACGGGUCAAGCUCUACCUUAAUUUUACCUGUGAAUCCUCACAGUUUAUGUAACCCCAUAGAUGUAACUAAGGUUAGUAUUUUCUAUUGAGAACUUAUACCAAUAAUAUACUUGAUAAUACUAUAAUGCAGUGGUGCUGUAACAAAAGUAAUCUGAAAUGUCUAGAUCCACUUUAUCUAAUACCUAGACAAGGUGCUUUUUUCUUGAAAAGUUCUAUAAUAAUUGUGAUAUUUACAGUUUUGGUACAAAGAAUAUGUGAAUUUUAUUUUGUACACACAGUGCUAACUAGAACCCUGAUCCUGAAAAUAUUUACACGUAGGAGCAGUUCCAAUGAUAUUGGGCUAAAUCUAAAAUUCUUAUGUAGACUGACUAUUGAAAUUAACAGGAAUUUUGAUGGCAUAAGGACAGGAGGAUUGGACCCAUUCUUUGUAUUUUAUCUAGCUCAAAGUAAAUUUGUGAAAACCCCAUAUGCUGCAAAUUUUAGUUUAAAACCUGUUAGUUCAAGUACAGGAUAUGAAGGGAUUAUAAAUAAUAAAAAAGUCAAUAUUAUGCCAUCAUUUUGUACCAACAGUUUUCUGCUUCUUGAAUAUGUAAAGCACAGUAUACAUUAAAUCAUUAUGGUAUUUUGUGUGCCUUAGAUUUCCAUUUUAAAACUUGUCUAUUUUUUGUGAGGCUAAGAUAUAGUAAAAACUACAGCUGUAUAUACAGUAAGUAGUAUUCUAAGUUGCAGCUGCUCCAACAACAUAUUUGCUAUCUGAGUACCCUUGUUUAGCAUCAUGGUCAGUUAUCUACCAGAAGGAUUACUUUGCUACUAGUAAGUGUCACUGAUAGAUUUAGACACGUUAGCUUCACAAUAAUUUCACUAUGCCAUACGCAUGAAUAGUGCAGUGAAGGAAUUCUUUAUUUCUCAGCAAUUCUACUAAAUACCAUUUUUAUUUCAAAUUUAGUAGGAAAAGUUUCAGGGCCGUUAUUCUGCUUACAAGAAAUUCAAGAAAUAUUAAAAUGGCUGGAAUUUCCAUUUGAAUCCUUCCAGACCUUUAGGGUUGUGUGUGAUUAGGCAGUUCAAAUGCUAAAAACAAUUAAUAGAGAAAACAGCAGCUUCCUCAAAUAGCUGGGAAGCAGAAUUGGUGCGUCUUAAAUGGCAUCUUUAAGUAUGGUUGUCUUCUCAGUUGACUAUCAGUAGGGACUCAGCAAGUCCAACAGGGAAAUCCAGCCCUAAUAGAUUCAUAAUGGCAAUGUUAAAAGAGAACUGUAUGGCUUAACAUAACAACAGAUAUUCAUGUUAUUAAUUGAUAGCUGAGAAAACCCUCAGGACUUCUUUAUUAAGGUUAUUGAUACAGCUAAAAUAUACUGUCCAAACAAAAUUAUAUUGUCUUUACAAUGUAUAACAAAUUUCUAACAUGACAUUUUGGUAAAUCAUACCCAAUAAGAUAAUUAGCUGGCCAAGUUUUAUUUCCUGAUGUGGCGCUUAGCAGAUUGUGAUCUGAAAAGCAAAUAUUUUCUAGUAAAUAUACUGCAAUAUGAGAAAUACAUCUAUUUACUGUAUUUACAGCUGUGUGCUAUUUAUUGUAACAUUUCAGAAUAUUUAUCAGUCUUGUGCACACAGAUCAAUGUUGUAUUGAGUAAGGUUGUACUUGCAACAAUAUUGUCCUCUUAAAAGUUACAAAUUUUAGAAAGUGACUCUUUCCCUUCCAUCCCACACAACUGCUCUAUGACUUCCUCUCACCCUCAUAGACUUUAAGGUCAGAAAGGACCAUCAUGAUCAUCUAGUCUGACCUCCUGCACAUUGCAGCAGCAGGAUCCUUCCAGAUUGGCCAGCCAGGUCAGGAACCACAUCUAAAGACAAGACAGCUAGGAAAAACUGUAUACUUCCCUUGAUCUGUAACAAACUUAUAUUGAUUUCAAUAGGAGUUUAUGCUCAUAGACAGACAGCACUAUAGGGCUCCAAGUCUGUAACUCAGAGUUGAUGACAGUUUGUUCUCUCUCCCCCCCCACCACCUUUUAUAUCACCUCACAGUAUACCACCACCGACUGUUGCCACACAACAUAGCAACCUUUGAUUUUCCAGCAGGAAUGUUCCUAUACCCUCCCUCUAAUAGGCCCUGCACCAUCACACCACCUCAUUUUGGAGGAAAGGAGUGAUGCUCUCUAGAGAAUAUCAUUCCUGUUGGACUCUCAGGGGGCCACUGUUGCAGUAGUACAGUAGCUCCCGUUGAAAUUGUGAGUGUCACCACUGCAAUUCUCCUGCACAUGCUGAUCCAAGGAAUGAGGUACCAAGCUGGGAUCUGACACUUAGAACCCACAGAUAGUAGCAGAGAGUAUGACUAUAAGGCCAUAUGACCAGCUCACCUCAAAUAUUGUAAUAAUACUGUACAAAACUCAUACAAAGACUAAUUGCUCAUAAGCUACAAUUAAGAUGUGAUCAUAUCUUUCUGCAAAUAAUCCUAAUUUUAUAAGUCAAUGUUUUGUAUUUACAGUGACCACCAUUAGAACAAAGUCAUGCUUAGUUACCAGAAUGUGUCCCUAUGCUUAAAAUAGGAAAUAACUCUAGUAUCUGAAGUAACAUGGUGUGAUAACUGUAGGUAAAUGGCAAAUUUUUAAUGCUUACUAGUAUACAUAAUACACAAUUGUUUUCUCCUUUAAAAACCUUUCAAACACCAUUACAGUAUUAUGCUAACUUUAGUGGGUCAAAUUCUACUCUCAUUCACAUCUGUACAACCCCACUGCAGUUAGUGGAGCUCUGCAGAUGCAAGUGCAGUAGGAUUUGGGCCAAUAUGUUAAUAUGCUUCUAGUUAAAUGUAGAAUUUUUAGGAAAGCUUGUUAACAAAAUUGUAUUUGCAUUUUUAUAUUUAAAAUGUAGGGGACAGUCCUACCUUAAAUUACACAGGGGAAGAUCAAUAUGACUCUGUGUGAAAUCAGCUACCUGGUCAGGCCAAGUGAUAAAAUAUGCUUUCUAAUUUACAGGCUGCAUAAAUAUCUCAUUUCUUCUCAAAUUUGCACAGAAAUACUUGUAUUAUGGACACGUACUCCCUCCCAAUAUUUUAAAAAUUAAUGUAUUUGCCAUUUUUCAGCCUAUUUACAUGUAUCAACAUUUGUGAUAUUCAUGCAGUAUUAAAUGAAUGGCCUCUCAUAUCCACUGUGGCAGUUAAAAUAGCAUUUCUUCAGUAGUGAGAUAUUUGUGGCAGGUCUUUUCAGUAAAAUUGUCAUCGUGUUUUAUUUCUUACGUAUGGAAGAGUUGGCUGGCUAACCAUAACACAUUAUGAAAGCCCUUGAUCAUGCGUUGUGAAAUUAUAGAUGAGUAAUAGGCCAAUCACAUAUGGAAACUGUUUUUUAAUUUAACCAAGUGGCUGUUCAACCAGUAACAGCUAUAAGGCCACUUUAUCAUCAAAAAGUAAAGUGCAAAGAAACACAAUAAUUGUGUUAUGACAUUCUGGCAUUGCCUUGCAAUCUCUGAUAGGGAUAUGUCAUCACAUCAUGUCACUGUGUACUGAUGUAUGUUCAUUCCAUUCCUCCACUUCCUCUUGCGGAAUCAAUUUCUUCUCUAUUCUCUCUGCCCCAAUCUGUACCGGCCUCUGGAAGAAGAGAGGUCACUCUUACUUUGAUCUGCCGCAUACAUGUACCCUGGACAGAGAUGUGAGCACUGCUAUAAUUGCUCACUCUGCCUCAGAUCCAGAUAGAGCCAGUGGAGGACUAAUCGGAUAUAUGAAGCCCAAAAUAGUUAUAAACCAGGCUAUGAAGAACCGCAUGUAGCUUGUGACCUCUGACUUGAGUUGCUCCUUAAGCCGUUUCUUGGUUGCCUAGGUACUGUAUAGCCAUAUCACCACUGUUUAUUUAGAUAUAUCAAAUUUUAAAUACACAAUCUUUUUUUAGUAGUGUGUAAAACUAUGGCACAUUUAUAUCCAUCUCUUCCUUUUUAAUCUUAUGUUAGAAGCAUGGUCAGUGUAAAAAGUACUGAGAUUUUGAUUGCUCAGUAUUUUAGUGGAGUAGAAGUGAAACCACAGAUCAGAGUUUUCUGGGAUUACCUGAUAUUUUAGACAAAUUGUCUUGAAUUAUAUUGUUUAUAUGGUACUGAAGUAUGCUGCUGUAAAAACUAUAUGAAUGCUAUUCUCCUGGGACUCUGACAGAGGAGAGACGUGUAUCACUUGAGGCUAUCCCAGGGACCAAAAAAUCUCUAAUAAUAUUUAAUUGGGCACAAGUAUGUAGAAGAUUAGGAAUAGCCUCUAAAUAUUAUGGGCCAGAUUCUGAUUUGUUACACUCAGGUACAUCCAGAGUAACUCUACUGAAGUCAGUGGAGUUACUCCAUAGAUAUGCAGGUGUUACUGAGAUCAGACUCUGUCCAUGCUAGCGAUUGCCUCUUUCCUUCUAUGGAUGAUUCAAAGUUAGUACUCACUUCAUGUUAACUUUAUCAUUAUAUUAAAAUAUUGUAGAUAUUUCAGAGGAGUUAGUUAAAUGUUUCCAUUUGAGUGUAAUAUUUAAGUGUCAUUUGUGUGCUGCUUUGUUUUCUAAAGAAUGGAGAUAAUUCUCAGUGUAUACUAUAUCUUCUCCCUCUAGGACAUUUUAUUUGCUAGCUUCAACCCUAGGCAUUAACUUCUGUUCUGUAUAGAUGACACUGAAUUCUACAACUCGCUCAGUUCAUGCUUUGAUUCCUUUGUAGCUCAUCUGCUGUAUUUACCCCUUUUGUCUGUCAGUGCUUGGUGACCCUAUAGCCUUCUGCUGUUGAAUGCUUUAAAGACUUAUAAUUUCCUGCAUACAAGUCUUCUAAUUCUCUUUAACACAGACCUUUGCUCCCAAGGGUAGCAAUGUAAGCGUCAGCCUUGCUCCUGACUUUUGUUUUUUAAUCUCACCUCUCCCUUGUCUGUAAAUCUGUUUAUCUCCACCUCUCAAAUUUUACAAGAAUUUAUUAUUAAUGUAACUCUUUCAAAAUCUAUAUUCACGUCAAUCAUUUUCUGUCUUAACUCUGAUAGUUCCCUUUUUUAUCAUCCUGUUAUAGCCUUACUCUUCCAUGGAGUCCAGAAUGCUGCAGUUAAAUUACUUUUUCAUUACAAGAAAAAGGGGCAUUUCAGUCCAUCCCUUCACCUUCACUAUCAAUCUUCAUAUCCACUUGUAAACUGCCCAUUGAUUUUUCAAAAUUCUCCAUAAACUUUUGGCAUUUUACCUGUCUGACCCUCUAUCCACAUAUGGUCAACAAAGUCCAUUUUGCCCCCAGUCUCAGCUCUCCACAGCUGAAGAUCAUUCUUUGCUUGUACUGCUGUAUCUCUGGCAUUCUGUCCUUCCUUCUGUAUGAUUUACUCUGUUCAGAUCUUAACAUAACAGAUAAGAUUAUGACUGUCCCUGCAAAGACCCACAAGCAGGAGAUGGUGCUUCUUUGUGUCUUCUAUUUGUCCCUGUGCAGGGAUCAGCCGUAGUCCCAGUGGGAAGUUCAAGGACUGCAUAAAGUUAGUGCCACCACUGGCACUAGACUCUCCAAAGAGGAGUGGAGUUAUGGAUUUGCCUUUUCUUGGGGUGAUUUGGCUUGAGCAGGAAGGAGUUGAACAUAAACUGCACUCUGUGAAAGGGUGUAGGGGUUCCAGUUUUGCUGUGUGCUUCUCCACUCUGUUACAAUUCUCUUUGGGACUCCUACUAUUCCCCAGCCUCUUCUGACUCCCUCCACCCCAAAUGGGCAGUAGCCAUAAGCUACAUUUUAGCCCAAAUCUUCCCAUUCUUUUUAGCCUACAAAUGACACUAGAUCCUACUCAGUACUGCAUACUUCAGUUCUUCCCCCACCAUAGCUAAUCUGCAAGAACACUUGCAUGUUUAUCACUUUUAAUGUCAACUCUUUUCUUUUCUCCUACUGGAUCUUCAUCCAUGUCAUUUUUCCUUUUAUGAGUUGCUGUGCUCAGCUUGAAAGUCUUCUCUUUUGCCUCUUUCUGUUAAGCAUUUUAUGACACUUUGUAUGAAGGCUGCUAUAUCAAGAUAAGUUGUACUGUUGUGUGAUUCAGAACCCGCAGAGUUAAUUCAAAUGAAAUGAAAUUGAUGUUACUGUGACACGGUGUUCAUUGGUGUCUAAUUCUAAAAUGCUAAAAGCUCCCAAUGAUUUAUUUGCAAUGACUGCAGGAUUGGGCCUUAAAUUGUUUUAUAUGUUGAGUCAUACGUCAAUCACUGUUUCAGAUUGACAACAUUUUUAAAUGUGGCUGUACUAUCACUCAACUGUUCUACCCACUUUGUGCGCCAUUACAGCCUUCCACAAAGUCAAAGGGCACAAUACUGUUAUAAAUAGAUGCCAAAAUGUUCUAUGCGUAGGAAGUAGAACACAAUUGACAAUUAAGCUACAUAGAGAUGUCACAUGCAGUAGACUGAAUGUAUUAAAAAAAAUUGCUGUUGUAGCUUCACAUUGGAAUAGAUGUCAAUCAUUUGACACUUAAUUGAUAUCACAAUUGUUGCCACAGAACAUUUUAAUACUGUAUUGUGGAAGAUUUUAUGAAUUGUUUGAUAAACAUUUUAGAUGUCUUACUUGUUUCUUGUUAUAUACUAUUAUAAUGGAAAAGUUUUUUUAAAAAUAUAAAAAUAAAGGGCCUUUUUCUCAUUUACGCUAAGGCCCUUUAACACCCCUCUGGGAGAACAAAAUGACAUUAAAGUGGAACUGAAUGAAACGGACACAUAGUAAGGUGUGUUAACUCUAGCAGGGUGGUGUAAAGAAGUCUUAGUGUAACUGAGAAUCAAGCCUCAAAGUUGACUGUGCAGUCAUCAGUGGAUGAUCUUUACAAUAUCUCUGCUGCACACGUAUUGGCCAGCGAGAUCCAAAUCAUUAUGCUGGUGUUUAGUUUAGAGAAAAUUAGAAAUGUAGUUUAGAAAGAUAUUCUAAUCUAGCUUCUUUUGUAGGAUUUAGAUAUCCAGCUGUAGGCUGACCUUCUUUCCCCUCUUGCCUACAAAAAGAAUGUGGUAAGGGAUUUGUACCUCAGAUUAGUGACCUGGCUAUAGAACUGGUAGGAUUGUGAAUAAUAUUAAUUGCAAAUUUGGGCAAUUUUUCCUCAAAUAAUUAUUCACAACGUUUUUAUCAUUAUUAUUAAACAGCUUUACUUGACCACUUGAAGCGGGGUUGUGAGAAUUCACUCAGCUCUAUUCUCUGCUGACAUAAGAUCCAGUGAGGUUUGUUAUACUGUGUAAUAUUGCCACACUACAGGGAAAUGUGAGGCACAAAGCUAAAAGCCAAAGUUUUCUCACCACCCUAAUUUUGGUGAUAUUAGACAGCGAAACCAUUAGCCCAAUCCUGCAUGCCUGAGUCAUGCAAAACUUCCAUUGCUGCCAGUGUGAGUUUUGCAUUAGCAAGUAUUGAGCCUCAUCAUCCUAUACUAUUGUAUUGGAAUUAUAAAAUGAUCUCCUAAAAAUAAAUAAAUACUGGGGAGAAAAAAAAUUUUGCUUUUCAUUCUUACAUGUCUAAACUGUGGUGAUACUGUACAUCACUAUAACAGACUUCUUUUUACUUUUGUGAAUGUCACUUUAUAAUUCUAGCAAAACACAAGGCAACCUUUGCAUUCUGAAUGUUAUGAGCCUCUAGUCCUCAAAAUAUCUCCCAAGAUUAAAAAAAAUUAUUACAAAUCCAGAAAGGCAAACUGAAUAUUCCAAUAUAGUUAAAAGAAAAAUCUGUUUUAAGUAUUAAUAUUGGACAUUUAAUACUUUAACAUUAAAUUCUUCUACUAUUUCUUUGCUGAGUUUGGAAGAGGACAGUUCUUGGUAAUGUCACAAUAUCAUGACAUGUCAUAAAUGCUUUUUAAAAACUUGGCGUUACCAGACACAACAUUAUUUUUUAAGGCUACAAUGUUACAUUCAGAGAAUGCAGUUUGAUUCUCUCCUGACUUUAAUGAAAAAACUAAAAAGGUACAGUAUGCCAAAGCAGAAAAAUUGAUUUUUGUUUGAUCAAUAUAUUCUGUAUAUUUCUUGAUUUCUUUAUAUGGAAUGCAUUUAAUAUUUAUUUUGCAGCUUUGAACUUCUGUGUUUUGGGGAUUUGGUGGUGGUGUUUUGUUUUUUUGGUUUUUUUUUGGUGUUAUCAACCUACUGUAUUUAGACCUGAAAAAAUGAAAUAACUUUUGAAAAACAAAUACAAUUUUCUUUUUAACAUUAACAUGUUUUUAGUUCCUAAUGGAGAAAAAAAAAACAGAAAGAAAAAGCACUUCAUUAUGUCACAGUAUGUACAGAAGAAAGUUAAAAAGUUACUUCAUUUCUCAUACAUUUGGGACCCGAUUCUCAUCUAGUGUAAAUCCACAUAGUCCCAUUGAAGUUCGUGGAGCUAUGUGGAUUUACAUCAGUGAGGAUCUGACCCUUGAAAUCUUCUCUGCAGCAAAGGGAACUCUUACCAGCAGUACUUGAAGACUUGUGAGUUGUGACUGCAUGUUACUUGAAAGACUUACUUAAACUAUGUUUUUGGUGCAAGCAGUUGUUGUACACGAUUUCAUGUUUAUGUAGCAAGAUGCAUUGAAAUGUUGAUAAUAGUGUUGAAACAUACAUGUAAAGAUUGUUGUUGUGGAAAUUGUCUGUUCUGUUAUAUUUUUCUUGUGUGUCUCAUCUGUUUAGAACGUAAAUUUUCAUUUUUUUUAUCGUCCUAACUGAAUAAGGCUAAAUGAAUACUGUAAUUGAAAAUAUAUUUUAAAUCUUGUCAUGAGUUUUUAAAAAAAGACUAUUACAAAUUGUAUCAUUCCUGAUUACACAGAACUUUGUGGGUGGUUUUAAAUAAAUUUUAUACUUCUAUUUUGCACUCAGUAGUCUAAUUUUUCUUUCCUAUAUUUCUUAAAUCGUUAUGUUUUGUAAAUAUGCAUUUCAAAAUAGCAAUACUAUUUUUGUGUUUCCAAACACAAAUAAAAAAAGUAGAUUCCUGAUCAUAUGUGGCCUGAUCCUGCUAAGACAAAAUGCAUGCUGAAGUCAUUUGAGGAGGACAGGAGGACUGGGCCGCUACAGGCCCCAUU